AUGACACAAUCUACAAUAUUACCUUGGAUUGAAAAAUUAAAAUCAGCUAAAAAAGCUGGUCUACUUCAAAAUGAUCGAAAAAAGGUUCAUUAUACAUUCGAUGAUCAAACUGAAAUGGUAGAAGAAUAUGAUGCAAAAACAAACUUACUUUUAAUUCGAAAAUGGCGUCAAAAACCAAGCAGUGGUUUAAAAACUCUUGCUUCAUCAGAUAUAUGGACAUUCGAAAUCGGUCAAAGUUAUGAAACAAAACCAUUAGGAGAUAAUACACUUGGCAUGUCGGAAAGUACAACAACACCAUUAUUCUCAAGAAAUGAUAAAAAUGAUUGUUUUGAAAUUCGUAUAAGAAACUUACCUUAUCCAGUUGAUAUAUAUCAAUUAACCAUUGAUAAAGAUAAACGAGAAUUUGUUUUACGAACAACAAAUAAAAAAUAUUUCAAACGUUUUUCAAUUGCUGAUCUUGAUCGAUUAAAUCUUCCAUUAGAAGAAAGUAAUUUAGCGUAUUCUCAUGCAAAUAAUACAUUAAUUAUAACUUAUAAAAAACCAAAAGCUAUUCUUGAUUUCGAAAAAACCGUACAUGAUGAAUUAAAAAAAUUAAAUAUGAAAAAAGAGGGUGAUAGUGAUUGUGCUAUUAGAACAAUGCUAUUUCACAGAUUACUUUUAACAAAAUAUAAUCCGUCGAUAAAUUUUAAAUUUAUUCGUCUGCUAACAACAUCAUCAUCACCCGUACAAAUUGAAUUUAAAGAUGGAUUUGCAAAUAUAUCCGUACCACUACCAAGUCGAGGUGAAUCAUGUGUUUUUCAAUUAAAACCAUUUAAUACAACAAUUGGUGAUUUUGUUGAUGUUUUACAGAAAGAAGAUCGUGGUAUUGAUCGAGCAUCAAUUUUUCUUUCUGAUGGAUCUCGUCUUUCACGAAAUUCACCAGUUGAAUUAAUGUUUGAAGAACCAUUUACAUUACGUAUUAAUGAAACAUCCUAUAAUGUUCAACCGCCAACUUUAUUUACAUCAAAUAAACCAGCUCGAGAUGUACUUUCGGAUGUAUCAAAUUCAGUUACAAAACUUUAUCAUGAUUUACGUCUUAAUCAAUAUGUGAUGUAUCGUGAACAUGAAUUAGAAAGACAGUUAGCAUUCUUACGUGAAUCUGCUCAACCUCUCAAUGAACUUCAUCAUCAACUUGCUAAUAAAGCUAUUCGACGUUUAAAAUGGGUUCAAUGGUCAAUUCUUGCUGCCAUGUCAUUUCAAACCGGUGUUUUAUUUCGAUUAGUUUGGAUUGAUUAUAGUUGGGAUAUAAUGGAACCUUUUACUUAUUUUAUUUCAUAUUCAGCUGUAUUCAUGGCUUAUUGUUAUUAUAUACUUCGUCGACAUGAUAUGAAAUAUAUGAAUAUGUCCGAUUAUUUCUAUUUAAAAAUUUUACAUCGUUUAUUACGAAAGAAAAAUUUUGAUUUAGCACGUUAUAAUGCUUUAAAAAAUGAAAUUAUGAUUGUUGAACAUGAUCUUCAACGACUUAAAGAUCCAUUGGAUCGUAUUGUUGGAGCACCAUAA